AUGGAUAUUUCGUUUGCGCUCACCGGGAAGGACUAUGUCAUUGUUGCCUCCGACACCACGGCGGCGCGGUCCAUCGUCAAGAUGAAGAUCGACGAGGACAAGAUCAAGGUGCUCAGCCCGCACCUGCUCAUGGCGUACUCCGGCGAACCAGGCGACACCGUCCAGUUUGCGGAGUACAUCGAGCGCAACAUCCGCCUCUACCAGAUCCGUAACACCUACCCCCUCCGCCCUGCAUCCGCCGCCUCAUGGAUUCGCCGCACGCUCGCGGACUCGCUACGAUCGCGCAAGCCGUACUCCGUCAACCUCCUCAUUGGUGGAUACGACACGGCCGCGAACACCCCCCACCUCUACUGGCUCGACUACCUGGGCACGAUGUCGGCUGUGCCGUUCGCCGCGCACGGCUACGGCGCGUACUUUGCGCUCAGUUUGCUUGACCGUUACCACAACCCUGACGGGACGCUGGAGGAGGGCCUGGAGACGUUGAGGAGAUGCAUCAGCGAAGUGGCGAAGCGGUUGGUCGUGACCCCGGAGAAGUACAAGGUGAAGGUAGUGGACAAGGAUGGGGUGAGGGAAGUCGAGCUAUGA